AUGGGAAUCGCUCCACUCGAGUCGGCGAUCGGAGGAAGCCUAAACGUUUUUGAAUUACUUCUUGAACGAGGAGCGCCGAUGCACUAUGCCAUCCGGUAUUACUGUACCCCGCUUUAUAAGGGACACAGGUGAGUUUAUGCAAUAACAAAAAAAAAGAAGAAAAAUUGUCAAUUUUAGAGAUGCGCUUCUCAAAGUUAAGAACGAGCCGUUUUUGUCCAAAUUGAAAGAAAAAUACGCUCUACUUGAUAAAAAUUUGAAAGAGACCCGUCGUAUGAUAUCCAACCAGGUGGUGAAGGAAAUUGAACGGGGUCCAAUUAUUUGCUUUCCGAAAAGCAGUUUGGAAUCCAAAGUCCGCGUCCCGUUCUCGUUCGAUCCCCACCCUGACAGAAAGUAUCUUAUCGCCAUGUUUAAUGUGGAAUAUAAAAGUGAAUGCUGGGUACCAAAAAUCGAAAUUAUUCAGUUUAAUUAUGAAUUAUAGUAUCUGAACAAUUAUUUUGUGGGCACACUCGGCAAGCCGGUGAAAGGAGCGCCGAUUUUGAAUGGGGAUAGUCUCUGCACAUGGGCUCCGCUCAAACAUCGACCAAGCGAAUUCAACUUCUACGAGCCAGGCUCUUCGUUGCGAAGAAAAGAGAAUUGGCUCAAGCUGCAUGUGAGCGCCGUCGACGGUUGCUCCACGUUCGUGGCCGCCCAGAUCAUCGCAUACGACUUCUACCCCGAAUAA